UUGGAGCGUCAAUCUGCUGAAACUCAGUGAGUGAAAGAGAAUGAGCUCUGUCUCUGUAUAUGUAAGUUUACAUAAACUUUACAUUUCAAAGACUUUGCUCGUUUUGCAGGUUUUCUUGGCCCUGCUGUUAGGCCUUCAUCAAAAAGGCACAGAGGCUGCAAGCAGUUUAGAAGUCAGUAGCGGUGGUGGCAAUGUGACUGAUCAGUUCCUCCAAGUGUGUCCAAACACUACCGUCAGCCUCACCUGUUCUCAUGAUGGGGUCGACCUGACUCGUUGGAGGGUCACUCCUCCUCUACCAAUGGACUGCGAUACUGUUAUCACUCACACAGCCUCCCCAAAUAGCGAAGGUUUAUGUGGAUCAUUCACUGUUAGUAUGAUCAGCUCACGCACUGAGCAAACAAGGAGGUCCACUAUUGAAUUAUUAAUCACUGAGUCGCUGGAUGGUGCUGUAGUGACUUGUUUUGCUGGAGCGUCUAGUACACCCGACCUUCAAGUUAGGAACUUGACUAUUCAAAUUAAUAUAGUAUAUAAUACAGGUCCUUCCACUCCAACUGUUGAUCAAAUGGAAUACUCAGUGGUUGAUGAGUCUACUGGACAAUUCACACUUUUGGUCAGCAGUAACGGGACAUUUGGUACAGGGGUGACAUUUUUUGGCAGUGUGGUUGAAGGCAGUGGCUCAGUGAAAGUAACUGACAACAGCAUCACUAUGACUGGAUUAAGCUACACCGAGUCUCACACAGUCAGAGUGGUGGCUACCAGUGCUGUGUGUCCAGGAGUGUUGAACAGUAGUAGCAUUGAUUUUCCUGUGAUUUUCAACAUAACAACCCCUGUACUGACUCAGUUGACUGGAUUCGUUGACUGUUCCAAUUCAUCACUACCUAUCAGUGGAUCAUGGAGUGUGAUGGAGGGAGUUCAGAGAAGCAGUGACUCAGCAGUUCAGUUGACUCCGCCCCUAAUUGAUACACCAAACAUAACUUUCACUUCAGCUGGUGGCCGUAGUGGGAAUGCAGAGUUUGUUCCUGAUUCAUCCUACAUGUACCAUCUCGCAAACACAGUGGAGAAUGAUGUGUAUACUUUCACUGUAACUGUCAUGAAUGCGGCAAAUUCAAGCAGUGAAGUAUCUGCUGAAAUUAUGGUUCGAGCGCUUGUAAUUGAUGACAGUACGCUACAAAAUAUGAAUUGCCUCACAUUCUCUCUUGGUCAAAACUGUGCCUCUGAGCGAAAUGAAGACUUUAGCAUCCAGUUUGAACAAGGAUCUGGUGUAUGUCGAGACUUGCGUCCAUCAGAUUUCAGCACCUCCAAUGUACAACUGACGUCACAGUCGACUUGUGUACCUGUCACGUCAUCCACUAAUCUGUGCUAUCGCGCAAAUCUCGUGUAUGAUGGAACCAUAGUUGAUACUCAGAGCAAUGUCAACUUUAACGCAUGCCCUAUGAGUGCCCUCUCUUUAUUUAUGGCCAGUGGAUUGUCCAUGCAGCUGAAUGGAGAUGUAACUAACGGUAACGUGUCUCAUCUCACAACUGCUACUCUGAGCUGUACCUCGGUUAUCUAUGAUUUGAUUGGUUCGCCUCAAAUCACUUGCAUUGAUGGAACUUGGGAACCAACUGGAUUGAGAUCAUGCACAUUUUCUGUUUGGCUGAUUGUGGUGAUCAUUCUUGUAAUACUGGCACUGGCUUGUGCAAUUGGGAUUGUCUGUGGAUUGCUGACAGCUCGAUACUUGACCUCUCUUCUCAACGGACUCGCAGAAAAGAAAUUUUGGGCAAUUUUGACUGUGGUUCUCCUUGGGUUCUUGUUCUGUUUCGGUGUUGGGAUACUCUUCUACAUUUGUUACUGCAAACAAGAUUCGGAUCGCAAGUUAAAGCCAAGAAAUGCUGAAAAACUAACUGAAAGCACCUCAUCUCCCCUACCUCCCGCUGACUCCCUGUAUGCUGACCCCAAAUCCAUUGAGCACCAGUCAGCCCCAGGCACUGAGGACCAGUACGCCAUGGUCGAUAGAAAGGGCAAGAAGAACAAGAAACCAAAGCCAACUCCACCAGAAGCUCUGUAUCAGGAUCCCAACACAAUUGAGCAUGAGACCACUGCCUCUGGAGUCAUCUAUACUGUCGUGGACAAGCCCAAGAGGUCCUCCAAGAAAUAAGGAGAGCCGGACGUGGUUCCACCAGCCAGCGAGGGGCUGACCUAUGUCGAGAUUGAUCUGAGCAGCGAACCCCCAAAGCCAGGGAGUGGUAAACAGGCACCCCAACAACCCGGGGGAUAUCCAGUGGAACAUCCAGUGGAGUAUUCCAACGUGGAGCACAGCAACAUCUCUUAACAGAACAUUGACAAACAAAAAAAGUACUCUGUAUUGCUAGACUUAAAUGUUAGGUUUUGUAGUGUAGCUAGUUUGCACAUUUGUAUGAUUUUAUAAUAGGCACGAUAUGCUGACACCUGAAAUUAACUAUAAUUAAUAACACGCGUGAGCACAGUCACCUCCAACCUCCUUUAUAACCUCUCAUCACUAGUCACUCCUAACCCUCCUUUGUAACCUCUCAUCACUAGUACGAGUCUUUUUGUAUAUACCUUCAUGCAGAGUAGAUGAUUGU